AUGAAGCAGUCGAAUAUGGAAGUGACAAAAGUGCUCAGCAUUUCACAUGUUCUUGAGAAUAUCUUAAGCCACGUUGAAGGCGGAAUUAUAAGAAAUCUUAACCUUCGACUCGUAUCAAAGGCGUUCAACACGGGAGCUCUUCGAAAAAUACAGAAGGACCACAUUAAAAUGAAAAUCGAAUAUAUUGGAGAGAGCUUCAAUGGCUUAAACCUGAAUGAUACAGAUCCAAAUGUUGCGGAAUGGAUCCAGUUGUAUCAUAAUACGGAUUUCCGUGUUUUUAUUAAUAAUGACAAAUUCAAAUUGACUGAGAUCGAUGGAUAUUUCAAAUUCAUCAAGUUGCUUGAAAAUGUUAAAAUCGAACGGAUUACUGUAAAAAAUAUAUGGAAAAUGACAACAUCUAUGCAGAGGAAUCUUCAUGACAGUAUUGUGAAUUCACUGAUCGGAAACAACUAUAGUAACCUUCUAUCUCUAAAAGGAUUAGAUGAGUUAUGUUAUGGAUGCUCCAGCUGUGCGAAUAUCUUAAAACAAACUGAAAAAUGUGCAACACAGACUUCAUUCGCAUUUCUUUCUUUUCAUGAGCAUUUCAAAUCACUCGUUGUGUCUGAUACAGUUAUUCAAUCUAUCUUCGAAUAUUCUCAAAGACAAAGUAGAUCAAAGGAAGAAUGUCUGUACAAUUUCCAUCGAUUCACCAAAUCAUUCAUUACUUGUGAUCACCUUGUACUAAAUCUGUCUGAGGAUAAACUGCUAGUAAACGAAGAUUCCGAUAUUGAAGACGGUGAAGCCUGGAACGCGCCUCUCGAUCAUCACCAUCUACCACGUGAAUUGGUAGAGACAAUGAUCAAAAACUGGAAAGUGAAGUCUAUCGGGAUCAAGUUCGUCAAUGAAACUCGUAGUCAAAUCCACACAAACUUGGAAGAUAAGAAGAAUUGGGUGACCAAGUUGAAGUUAAACGCACCAAGUGAUUCUGUGAAAACAUCGGAACUGGGACUGAAAUUUGAACGAGUUGAUGUGGAUUUAUCGGAUUCAGAGAAGUGCGCAGUUGGCAUUACACAUAAUAGUUCUGAUUGGGAUCACUACAAAAACUUGAUAGCCAACAUCAGAAAAGAGUUUCCAACAGAUGAAAUAUCAAUUACAUUUUCUCAUUGGAUGCAAAAAAGUCAAGUGGAUAUUCAAGAAAUCUUCAAUAAUAUUGUGAGAACUGUUCACAAAGAAGAGCAAAAAGAUCUGAAAGUGUUCAUUCGUUACUAUGCAGAUGUCAAAUCAUUCAGCCACGUGAACCCAUUGACCACCCAGGAUGAAUUAAUUGAAUUUUCUUCUUCGAUUCGAUUCAAGUCUAGACAGUUCGAAUUUUCAGUAGACAGACAUCCAAUGCAUUGCUCAGUUCGUGGUUUAAGUGACGACGGAAAUAGUUUCAUCGAGAAAAAGAAAGUUGGAAGAAGAUGUAAUAUUGUGGAUUCUCGAAGCAACUGUAUCAUUCACUUGGAUGUUUUUAUUGAUGAGAAGGAUAUUACUGCAUUGAAAAGCAUGGUGAAAAGCAACCAAAUAACUUUUUUUCAAAAGCUGUUUCGAUCUGAAUAA